AUGCAGACUGUCAAUAAAAGAUUGGACCCCAAGAAGACGCUAGAGACGAUGCAUGACUUCCAGAAAGAGAACUUAAAAACAGGAAUGACGGAGGACACGAUCAACGAUACGCUGGAUGAGAUUUGUGAUGAAUCGGGCGAUGAGGAAGAAUGCCAGGACAUCAUGAACCAGGUGCUGGAUGAGAUCGGCAUAGAGAUCUCAGGAAAGAUGGUAAGAGCCCCCUCAGCAGGAAAGAUCCUCCCUGGCGCCCCACCAGCGAAGUACGUUACAGAAAACUGUUUUCCUUUGCAGUGA